CAGUAGAGCACGAGUCUCUGUCCAGUUCUGUGUUUCGUGACAUUUCACCGACUAGAAAUUUAUAUUAAACAGGACUACCAACAUGUCUUCCCGCAAAACAGCCGGUCGUCGUGCAACGACAAAGAAGCGUGCACAGCGCGCGACGUCGAAUGUUUUCGCAAUGUUUGAUCAAGCUCAAAUUGCCGAGUUCAAAGAAGCUUUCAACAUGAUCGAUCAGAACCACGACGGUUUCAUUGAUAAAGAAGAUCUUCACGAUAUGCUUGCCUCUUUAGGCAAAAAUCCUACCGAAGAUUAUCUGGAAGGUAUGAUGAACGAAGCACCAGGACCAAUAAAUUUUACGAUGUUCUUAACUUUGUUCGGCGAAAGACUUCAAGGCACGGAUCCGGAAGAAGUAAUUAAAAACGCGUUCGGUUGCUUCGACGAAGAGAACACCGGUCAUAUAAAUGAGGAACGUCUUCGCGAAUUGCUUACAACAAUGGGAGACAGAUUUACGGACGACGAUGUGGAUGAAAUGUAUCGCGAAGCUCCUAUCAAAGGAUCGAUGUUCGAUUACAUCGAAUUCACACGAAUCUUAAAACAUGGAGCUAAAGACAAAGACGAGCAGUGAGCAGGCGUGAAAUCAUCUGUACUUUGUAUUUGUGUGAUUGAGCGCGCAAUGCGCGUUUAUAUGGUUGCAUUUGUAAAGUUUGAAAUAUUACUUGUAUUUUGUACAUCCUCUAUUAAUGAGAAUAACUAAAAAUCUAGGUUUUACAUUAUUUUUGAAAAAUCGCCUUAUCUCUAGGUCCUAAAAUGUGUAGACUCGAUAUCAUAUAAGCGUUUACCGUAUUUAUUUAAACAUACAAUGACUCGUACACAAGAUACGUAAUAGAAAGCUGGUAGAAAACUUUGAUCCUAUAUCUUGCCACGAGUUACGGUCACUGUAAUAUGUAAUAUAUUAUAUGCUACAUCGAUGUGUAGCUGUUGAAAAGUUGGCAUUUAUAUUUUAAUAUAAUAUUGUACAUCAAAAGCGUAGUGUCUUUAUAACCAGUCUACACGACUUUUACACAAU